AUGAAGCAAUUAUAUUAUUUGUUUAUUGUCCUCCUCUCUGUGCUGUAUAUUUUAUACUGUAAGGUUGAUGGUUGCAAUACUGAUUAUGGUGGCUAUCCAGGAACCAAUCGAGCUGGAGGUACGAGUGGUACUAGCAAUUGUGAUGAUAAUGAUGGGGACUUUGAUGGUGGACAAGAUCAAUGUGGUGGUGGUGAUGCAAAUGGGAAUUAUGGUGGAGGAAAUACUGGUAGUUCUGGCUGUGCGGGUGGGGGCGGAGGCGGUGGCGGGGUUGGAGGAGGGUCAGGUGGAUUUGGAAGUGGUUUUGGUUUUGGAGGUGGCAGCUAUGGAGGAGGAGGAGGAGGGGGCGGCGGCGGUGGCGGCAGUGGUGGAGUUGGAAGUGGCGGUGGAGGUGAAUGCGAUCAGGGUCAAGGAUAUAAACUGCUGCGCGACACUGCCGUACAGGUGGUGUACAUGCAAAAUGUGAGUUCAGAUAUUGUCUGA